AUGGAGAGCCUCUUACGCUGGGGUAUCGAGCAUUCAGGCAACAAUGACGGCGCACAACCGCAACCACCGCGAUCCGUGCAGAGUUUGGAUCCCGGGAUCAUUGAUGCAAUUCUAGGGAGGCCGGACUCGGAGCUGAUGAAGGAGGCUCUGGCCAUCGCGGUGGACGAGGGCAAGGAUGAGGAUGCGCGGAUACAAGCAUUGGAUGACUUCGAAAUGUUCGUCGAGCAGAUUGACAAUGCCAACAACAUUGAUAAGAUGAAGAUGUGGGAGCCACUCCAUAACCUUCUCAAGUCACCGAAUUCCACCGAGGGAAUAAAUAUGCAGACGCUCUGGAUCAUCGGUACUGCGGUUCAAAACAAUCCGUCUGCACAGAAAGCGUGUCUUGCCCUUUCACCCAUGCCGACUCUACUUACCUUCCUCGACCCAUCCGUCAAGUCACCAAAACUGCGCUCAAAAGCGGUGUACGCUCUUUCAGGGCUGUUGAAGCACAAUGCGGCUGCGGUCCAGCAGCUCGACGAGGCCGGCGGCUGGCAAGUCCUCAAGGCAGCUCUCGAAGACUCAGACAUCACCGUCCGCCGCAAGACCGCUUUCCUCCUGAAUGCACUCAUCAUCCCUGAAACGCACGUCUCGCAACCCACACCGUCUCCCGCGCCCUCCCCAUCCGCCGAGUCGAAUAGCACUGGGCUCACCGUCCACUCGUCGGACACACACCCACCGGCUGGAAGCAACCCCGUACACCCGAACUCGCACGCGUCGAUGCAGGCGGAUCCCUCCUCGAUCUCGACGUCCACCGCGGCGCUCAAGGCGCUCGAGGAGCACGGCAUUCUGCAGUCGCUCGUUUCCGCGGUGACGUCCCCCGUACCCUACGGGCCUGACGGGGAGAGCGAGGGAGACGCGGACUUUGACGAGAAGGUGAUCAGGUCACUACAUACGUAUGUGACGUCGUGCGACGGCCGCUUCUCCGAGCAGCAGAAGAGUGGUUUGCGCACGUACGUGAAGACCGAGGCGGACAAAACGGGGAGCGAGCCAAAGCUCGCCGAGAAAUGGGGACUAACGACGGAUGAGUUGACUGCGUUCAAGCAAGCUAUAGCAUAA